AUGUCCUUCGGUGGCGGUUGGAAGCAAAAAUCACCUCCGAUUCUUCGACUUGUCGUUGUCGGCGGUGGAGGUGUUGGCAAAUCCGCUUUAACAAUUCAAUUUGUACAGAGACAUUUCGUAAUGGAUUAUGAUCCAACAAUUGAAGAUUCAUAUACGAAACAAUGUUUUGUCGAUGAUGAUAUUUGCAAAUUAGAGGUGUUGGAUACAGCUGGACAAGAAGAAUUCUGUACAAUGCGUGAACAAUAUUUACGUUCAGGCAAUGGAUUCUUACUCGUUUUUUCCGUUGUUGAUCGAAAUAGUUUUGAAGAAGCUAUCCGGUUACAUAAAUUGAUACUUCGGGUGAAGGAUCGAGAUGAAUUUCCAAUAAUACUUAUUGGCAAUAAAGCUGAUCUCGAUAAUGAUAGGCUUAUAUCACGACAAGAAGCUAAUGAAUUAGCAAGGAGAUUACGAGUACCAUAUGUGGAAUGUUCAGCAAAACAUCGAAUGAAUGUCGAUGAGUCAUUUCAUAAUUUAGUACGCUUAAUACGAAAUUUCCAGCAACAAGAACGACAAUUAUCGGAUGGAGUUGACUUAAAUUCAUCAAAAUCUAGCGCAAAAAGAAAGCGUUAUUGUCGCAUGCAAUAA